AUGAAUGUCAUCCUCUCCAGGGACAGCCAAGUGAAGAUGAUGGAGAAAGUGGUCACCAACGCAGAGACGUACUUCAGCAAGUUCUGCACUCUGAUGGCUGCCUACACCCGCAAGACUGCCAAACUGCGGGACAAGUCCGACCUCCUGGUGAAGCAGCUGAUCGACUACUCCAACACGGAGAACCCCGAGCUUCGAUCCAUCGUGAGGAACUUUGCGGAGGAGAUGGCCAAAGUGCAGGACUACAGGCAAGCUGAGGUGGAGAGACUGGAAACCAAAGUCGUUCGGCCUCUGAAGGUAUACGGAACGCUCAUCAAGCAAACCAGGGCCGAGAUCAAGAAGUUCAACACGGCCCGAAACAACGAGAUAAAACAAUUAGAGAAACUGGAGAAGCUCCGACAGAAGUCGCCGUCCGACCGACACAUGAUUUCACAGGCAGAGUCAAGUGUACACAAAGCGUCUGUCGAUGCGAGCAGAACCACUCACCAGCUGGAAGAGACCAUCGAUGAGUUUCAGAAGCAGAAACUGAAAGAUAUUCAGAAGAUCUUCUUGGAUUUUGUCACCAUCGAGAUGGUCUUCCACGCAAAGGCUCUCGAGGUUUAUUCCAACGCCUUCCAAAAUCUUGAAAGCUAUGAUCUUGAGAAAGACCUGGAGGAUUUCAGAGCAAAAAUCCAUAUUGGUUCUGGAACCUCCAACGAGGUACGACCAGUCAUCACCACCAACCCUUCCUCCAGUCUCCCGUGGUCCACAGGCACCCAGAGCCUACAAUGCACUCUUCAGAAGCUGAAACUUGUGGAGAGCGAUGAGGAAUCUGAAGAGAACCAGUCGGAAGAUCUCAGCGACCCUGUAUACACCCAGAUCCAGCGGGGAGCCAGCAGAACCAGAUGA